AUGGCUCAGAACAUAUUGACGAACGUGGAGAUGAUGAGACUAUUAUUGGCUGAGAUUGGGCAGAAUGUAUGUUGCAAUUGUGGUCAAGCAGGACAUUUUGUUAAAGAGUGCCAGAGGAAAAGGGGACAGGUUGCGGCUAUUCAGGCUGUUCCGAUGCAGGCUAUUCUGACUUCCACUACUAUUCAAGAGCAUCUAGUACCUCCAGAUUCACGAGUUUAUGCGAUCACCCAGCAGGAAGCGGAGAAGUCUCCAAAUCUGAUCCGAGGUACCAUUUCCAUGGAUGGCCAUGAUUUUGAUGCAUUAUUUGACUCAGGAGCCACCCACUCCUUUAUUUUGGGUUUUGUUGCAAAUGGUUUGAACUUACCUAUGUAUGAAUUUACACCUCCUAUGGUAGUGAAGACUGCCACCGGAGACUUGGUUUCCACUUCUUUGAUGUGUAAGGAAGUCAAGUUCAAUUAUGAAGAGAAAGAGUAUGUGGUUGAUCUGAUUGUGCUUGAGGGUAUGAAUUUGCACAUCCUUCUAGGCAUGGAUUGGCUAGUCAGACAUGGAGUUAUGAUUGAUUGUUGUAGCUGGAAGAAUUAUUUCUCUGCUAAGAAUGAGAAGAAAGACUCCUCAUAUUUAUCAGUGUUGCAGAUGAUUAAGGCUCUAAAUGCGGGAGAUGCAGGAUAUAUCAUGUUUGAAGAGACCCCACAGUUUCUACCAGAAAGGGAGAUUGAAUUCUCCAUUGACCUAGUGCCUGAUGUGAGGUCUAUCUCUUUGGCUUCAUACCGGAUGUCACCAGUGGAACUUGCAGAGUUGAUGAAGAAAAUUGAAGAUCUGUCCAGCAAGAAUGUCAUUAGACCUAAUGUGUCUCCUUGGGGAGCACCAAUUAUCUUUAUGAAGAAGAAGGAUGGAACUAUGAGGUUGUGCACGGAUUACCGGCAAUUGAACAAUGUGACUGUGAAGAACAAGUACCCUAUACUCGCAAUGAUGAUUUGUCGGAUCAGCUUAAAGAUGCUUCAGUAUUUUCGAAGAUUGAUCUUCGUUCCGGAUAUCAUCAGAUCCGGUUUAAAGUAG